UACUUUGAGAUGUCUGCUUUCAAAUUUCAAACAAGAAGUUCCGUUACCGUAUAUUGAGACACCGUUUAAGCUACCGUUGCCAGAUACCGAGCCACAAUUCAAUAGCGUUCCCAUGAAAAAACAAUAGGUUUAUUAUUCAACAAUGUAUUCAGUCUUCAAUGUCAGCAAUUAUAACAAUAGUAGUCUGUAUAGGGAGGAAAUGGUGGAUAGAUUUAGUUUUGCCGAGUUAGCUUUUCGAGUUCCCACAGGUUCAUUUUUUUCUUUGAGUUCACUUUGCUUUGGGUAGUCAGUUAGUGUGUUGUUCAUUGUAACAGAAAGUAACCAACGAUCAUGGCUGACAUUAACAUAGCCGUAGUAGGUGCAGGCGUUGUGGGUCUAACUACGGCCCUAGAGCUGCAAAGUCAAUUCAGAAACGCCAAAGUAACGGUCAUCGCCGACAAAUUUCAACAGGACACGACUAGUUUCGUCGCCGCCGGUCUCUUCAGGCCUAGUCCGAGUUUUGCCGGUCCCAACCAAGACAUAACAAGAAAGUGGAUCAAUAAUUCGUACUAUCAUUGGGACGCUAUCCGGAAGAUCGCCGAAGCCCCGUUGGUCGGAGUUACUGAGAUUUCCGGUUAUAUGUUCUCAAAAGUUUCAGCUUCUGUAGUUCGGAAUCCCUACUUGGAAGGUUUAGUACCACUGUACAGAAGCGCGACAAGAGAAGAAUUUGACUUGUGCCCGGGCGAUUGGAAGUACGGAUCGUUCUUCACGACUCUCCUCGUCGAUUGCGGCGUAUAUCUACCGUGGGCGACGAAGAAAUAUCUUUCAGAAAACGGGCAGGUUGUCCGUCAAUCGGUCAACGCGUUUGGAGAGUUUGCGGGAAAAUACGAUGUCGUCGUCAAUUGUACCGGAUUUGGAGCCAAAAAUUUGUGUAACGAUAAUAGGCUGAUACCAAUAAGAGGUCAAGUACUAAAGGUUCACGCUCCAUGGCUUAAAACAUUCUUCUAUGGGGAAUACGAUACCUACGUCAUUCCGAGUUUCGGAGAUGUUACACUUGGUGGAUGCCGUCAGUACGAGUCGUAUAACACAGAGCCAUGCAAAUACGACACGCUCUCAAUUCGAGAACGUUGCGAGUCUAUGCUGCCGAGUUUGAAAACUGCACCGCUCUUGGGACAGCGCGUCGGUCUGAGACCUCACCGCGAUGUCGUCCGAGUCGAAAAGGAGAUACUAACAACUGAAAGAGGACCUUUGAAGGUAGUCCACAAUUAUGGACACGGAGGAUACGGAGUGACCACAGCGCCAGGAACAUCAAAAUACGCCGUCGAGCUGGUUAGAGAGAUGCUGAUGGGCAACAGUAAAUUGUAAUAAUAUUUAAAAAAUCAUUAACAUGUAUUUAACAAGCAAAUAGAAUAUAAAAAUUACCUCUCCCAUUGUUAACAUUGGAUAACAUGCACUAGAAAAAUCAAUAAACAAUACAUAAGUACAA